AUGGAUAGACGCACCCCCUAUACUUUGAGCGUCCUUGCGCCCAGCACAAAUGGCGCUGAUGAAUCGCGUCAGACUAUUCAAAAUCGCCUGCGGGAUUUCGUACUGGAAUUCCAGCUGGAUAAUGCAUUCAUCUACCGUGAUCAAUUACGGCAAAAUGCUCUUGUGAAACAGUACUACUGCGAUAUUGACAUAGCCCAUCUCAUUUCUUACAACGAGGAGUUGGCCCACAAGCUAACCACUGAGCCCGGCGACAUCAUCCCUCUUUUUGAGGAAGCUUUGAAGCAGUGCACUGCUCGAAUCGUUUACUCUGGCCAGCGAGACAUCACACUCCCCUCCCACCAGCUGCUCCUCCACUCCUCGGCAGCGCACAUCUCCAUCCGUGACCUCAAUGCCACCAACAUUUCUCAUCUUGUACGAAUUCCUGGAAUCGUGAUUGGAGCUUCCACGAUAUCUUCCAAGUCAACUAUUGUGCACAUCCGCUGCAAGGGUUGUGACCACAGUGAAAAUAUCAGUGUCGACGGCGGUUUCUCUGGUUUGUCGCUGCCACGGCGAUGCGGUCGAGUCAAGGAGCCUGGUGACCAGGCCCCCGGUGAAAAUUGCCCCCUGGAUCCUUAUGUCGUUCACCAUGAGAAAUGCCAAUUUGUGGACCAGCAAGUUCUCAAGCUUCAGGAAGCCCCUGACCAGGUGCCCGUUGGUGAAUUGCCGCGACACGUUCUCAUUUCCGCAGACCGCUAUCUCGCCAACCGAGUUGUUCCCGGUUCUCGCUGUACAGUGAUGGGUAUUUUCUCGAUUUACCAGGCAAAGGGUGGUAAGAAGGACGCCGCGGUUGCCAUCCGAAAUCCCUAUCUGCGCGCGGUUGGUAUCAGCUCCGAUUUGGACCAGACAGCCAAGGGCAGUGGAGUUUUCUCUGAGGAAGAGGAGCAGGAAUUCUUGGAGCUUAGCCGCAGGCCCGACUUGUAUGAUGCGCUUGCCCGAAGCAUUGCCCCAUCUAUUUACGGAAACGCCGACAUGAAGAAAGCUAUCGUUUGUCUUCUGAUGGGCGGUUCAAAGAAGAUCCUUCCCGACGGAAUGAAGCUUCGUGGUGAUAUAAACGUGCUCAUGCUGGGUGACCCCGGUACUGCCAAGUCUCAGUUGUUGAAAUUUGUCGAAAAGGCUGCUCCCAUCGCUAUUUACACCUCUGGAAAGGGAUCUUCUGCUGCCGGUUUGACUGCUUCCGUGCAGCGUGACCACACCACUCGCGAAUUUUAUCUCGAAGGUGGUGCCAUGGUAUUGGCUGAUGGUGGUGUUGUCUGUAUUGAUGAAUUUGACAAGAUGCGUGACGAGGACCGUGUGGCCAUUCACGAAGCAAUGGAGCAGCAGACUAUUUCCAUUGCCAAGGCCGGUAUUACAACGAUUCUGAAUUCGAGAACAUCGGUUCUAGCAGCAGCCAAUCCCAUCUUUGGUCGUUACGACGAUCUCAAGACUCCUGGUGAAAACAUUGAUUUCCAGACUACUAUCUUGUCCCGUUUCGAUAUGAUCUUCAUUGUCCGUGACGACCACGAGCGCGGCCGUGACGAGAAGAUUGCCCGUCACGUCAUGGGUGUGCACAUGGGUGGUCGUGGUGUGGAAGAGCAAGUUGAGGCUGAAAUCCCCGUCGACCAGAUGAAGCGCUAUAUCAGCUAUUGUCGCAGUCGCUGUGCGCCUCGCCUGUCCCCGGAAGCUGCAGAGAAGCUCUCAUCCCACUUCGUCUCCAUCCGUAAACAAGUCCACAGGGCCGAGAUGGAAUCGAACAACCGGUCAUCUAUUCCUAUCACCGUUCGUCAACUAGAAGCCAUUGUCCGUAUCUCCGAGUCUCUCGCCAAGUUGUCUUUGUCCCCGAUCGCCAGCGAAGCCCACGUGGAUGAGGCUAUUCGCCUGUUCCUUGCAUCUACCAUGGAUGCCGUCACCCAGGGUGAAGGCCAAGGUAGCAAAGAUCUCAUGGAGGCAUCCAGCAAGAUUGAAGACGAGCUGAAGCGCCGCCUUCCCAUCGGCUGGAGCACAAGCUUGGCAACCCUGCGCCGCGAGUUUGUCGAGGGCAAAAACUACACAGAGCAGGCCCUUAACCGUGCACUGGUGGUUCUCCAGCGACGAGACACGGUCCAGAUUCGUUCCGGUGGCUCCCAAAUCUAUCGCAACGGUGUUUGA